AUGCUUCAGGUUGUCUCACUCUCCAUCCUGGUGUUAACUGCCACUUUGGCCCCGGCUUUUGCCAACUCGCCGGCUUUUUCUCACAAAACUACAUAUGAUACGCUUGUGCGGAUAUUCGAGUGCCGUUGUGGACAUGCUGAGUUCCUUUCGCUGCCUCAUGCAAAUAUCACUGCCCCGGAAGAGGCUCGAAGAUGCGCGAGCUACAAAUUGAUUGACGCUCGUGGUACGGCUGAGCCACAGGGGGUCUCAACCAUGUUCUACCCGAUGAUCAAGGACAUCCUUGCCAACACAACAGGUGGUGUCAGCCAGCCUGUCGAAUAUCCAGCAGGUGCUGAGCAGAAUACUACCAGUGGUGAGAAAUUUAACUACGCCCUUUUUGGCUACUCUCAAGGCGCAACUCUGAUGCUCAAAGCACUUGAUCAACUUGACGUUCCUGCAUUAUGCUUCGUUAAGUCGGUGAUUCUUGUUGGGAACCCUUACCGCAUUCCCAAUAAGCUGUCGAACGUGAAUGGUACUGCUCAGAGAGACCAUGCACAUUCGGUUGGUAUGUUUGCGUUGUCCGCCAUUCAGAACAACAGUACAGUGCCUCAGCUCUCAACUGGAAUGGAUCAAAGUGGCAAAGUAUUGGAUUAUUGUCUUGAGGGUGAUGGGGUUUGCUCUUACGACAACGCAUGCUCCUGUCGCCUGCCGGCCGGUCACCUUUCUUAUGGAUUGGUUGAUGCUGUCCAAAAUACGGCCUUUAACCACGUUGUCUCCCGGAUA